UAACAGCACAAGCCAAAAUGUGUUAAUCUGUGCCUGAUUGGUUCAUUUUGGUGUUCCAUCUGUGACACACACCUUCACUUUGUUACAGUCAUCGUAGUCCGGACUUCGAUAACUCCGGGGAACUCCACCUGUGGACGUGUUUGUACUCGCCUGCAGCUUAGUACUGUUAGCCUGAUGGAGUAGUAGAUAAAUCAUUGCCGUUUCUAAUAAAAACUACUUGCUCCAUUCAAUUCAUCAGCUGCAAUUUGGCUUACAUAAAGCUGUUCUUCAAGAAAUGUUAAAUAUAGUUACCUUUAAAAUGACAACUUUGUCAAUAUCCCUUAUGUGUCACUAUUAUUUUAAAAAAAAAAAAAAAAAGAACUACACAGUAGUGAGGGGGCCCAUUGCUCUACAUAAUAGCAUUGUAAAAUAAGUUGGGUGGGUGUGGAUGCGAAACAAAGUGAAGAAACUUUGUUCCUUUUUAUAAAUUCCAACUUGGGUUUGUCUGUAACAAAGCUAGAGAGUGAUGUCUCCUCUGAACAUAUGUAACAGAUGAGCACUAUGGGUUGGCAGUGCUUCCCAGGGUCAGGUCUGUUGUCUACCAGCGUUAAUCUUAAGUCGGGUCCACACAGUGCUGGCAGGCAGAAAACCUACUACAACAUAUUGAUCACCUGGCCACACUGCCUGUAUAAUAUUCAAGUACUGGACUUUAUUCCACAAUGUUGUCAGUUGAAUUCUAAACAUUAAGUGUAUCCAUGUAGUACUUGAACUGAAAAAAUAAGAUUUAUGUCAACAACCGUUCAGUUUAAAACUUAUGAAGCACUUAAUGGUGGAUAUAUCGGCAAAAGGGUGGUGCAGGAAGCAGUGUUUGUUCAGUGAUAUACUGGCCACAUCAGGAUAUCGUAAUUUGUGGAGGAAGUCCACUUUCUAGCAGCUUAUUAAACUGGCACAGUAGGUACAGAGAAGAUUUUUUAAAAAUCCUCUGCAUUUGUUACUGCUUCUAGGUUCAUCAAAGCCCAGGAAGACCUCAUUCAGACUGAUAAUGUGAGGCGGCCAAGAUUUGAAAUCAAAAAUUUUGCUGUACUCCGAAGCCACUUUGCUGGAUCCAAACUUGUUUUCUUACACUAACGGUAAUUAAUGUGCUUAUCUUCAUAAUUUCAGUAUUUGCUAUUAAGCACUACAUUUUUUUAUUGGCUUUUCCUUUUCCAUAAGGUCUAAUUCUGAUAAACUCACAGCAUUGCAAGGCCAUGUCUGUGCUAAUGUUCUCUUUAUAAAUCGUGGGGGAGUUGGGCCGCUGUUUUGAUAGGGAUGGCACAUGAGACGCUCCAGGAACACUCAUUCAGUACCUUGCUGCCUCCAUGUCUUGUCCUUGUCCUUGCUUUGUACAUUUUUAUCUCUACUCAUCCUGUUUUGUCCUCCCACUUCUCCUGACUCAUUAUUGCUCACUUUCUUUGAUUGCCAUCCCACCACUUGGCUCAGCCCAAAUACCAACCAAACAAAGCAGAGAGUCCUUUGAACUUUUUCUGGCUACUGUUCCUCAUUGCUGAAAGGCUCCACCACAUUUCUCACAAGAACUCAGGGAGAGGUCUGAGAAAUGAAAAGGCGCCAGCGAGCCUGGACACAGUGCUGUAGAGUUUGAGGAUGUUUCUUGGAUACAACAAAGUGCGAGAAUGAUGACUUUACCUCCACCUGAACCCCUGUUUGUUCUACGUGGGACUGCAUCACCUGUGAACACCCUGAAAUUUCACUGCAAAACUUCUUGUGGAGCUGAACCUUUCCUCUUCUCUGGGUCUGGUAAUGGAAUAAUUCACACCUGGAGCCUCACAACUAGAAGACCAGUUGCUGAACUAAAUGGCCAUCAGGGAAAAUCAGUUUUGUGGGUGCAAACCCUAUGGGACAACGAUUCAUUGAUUAGUCAGGGCCGUGAUCUGAGACUUUGCUUGUGGGACCUGGCCGAGGGAAGAUGUGCAGUUACUGAUAUCAUCGAGGCAGGCAAUGUUGGAUUCUGUCAGUGCUCCCUGCUGGACAGGGGUAGCAGUCAGAAGCUGUUAGCUGUGCCUGGCUCCUGUUCAGAUGAGGUUCAAAUCUUGGAUCUCGCUACCAAAAUGAAAGUGUGUUCCUUAAAGCCAAGCCUUAAGUUGGGGAUGCCAAUGUGUAUACGCCUGUGGCAGCCUGAUUUUGGUCUUGAUCCCCUGUUAUUAGCGGGAUAUGAGAAUGGCUCUCUCACUCUUUGGAGUUUAUCCGAAAGGCGUCAGCUGUGUUCUCUUUCCUGUCAUAAUGAGCCAGUCUUGAGUCUUGACUUUGACUCAGAGAAGUUGCAAGGUGUCUCUGGUGCACCAGAUAAGGCAAUUAAGAUCUGGAAGCUUGAUGGACAACAUUGCCUAAAGCUGAAGAAUUCUUUUGACCUAGUAAACCCUGGAAUAUCACAUCUUUGUAUCCGAGAAGACAAGAAGAUCCUGGCAGCAGCUGGAUGGGACCAUCGGAUUCGCAUUUUUGGCUGGAAGAAGAUGAAUCCUCUUGCUGUACUGCGAUUCCACACAGAGAGCAUGCAUUGUGUAACUUUUUCUGAUCAUGGGAUGUCCCCUGAUAGACUGAUGGCAGCUGGAUCCAAAGACCAGCGUAUUAGUGUCUGGUCAAUUUACAACCAGAAAUAGAUGACUGUGCAUAACAAGAUGCUGUGAAAUUUGAGGACACUCUGGGAGCAUGCAUUAUGUGAUCUGAUUUGGUAAAGGAAACCAGACAAUUUCAGUACCUUUUACAGUAUUUGAUUUGAAAGGGAUGUGGUGGCCUAACACCCUAUGGCCUUCAUGUUUGUUUAUUAAGAGACCAAUUCAGUUGUUCCUCACAUCAGGAUGCUUACAGCUAAAUGCAGAUAUUUACUGAGAGUCGAUUUGCCCAGAUGACUUUACUGGCAAGAAACAAAGCCAUACCAAUCCAUUGCUCAUCUGUUUUGCUUGGCAAAAUUAGUAGAGAAGGAAGGAAAAUAGAAAGGAAAGAAACUGUGCCUCUGUAAGCAAUAAGGUCGCUGCUCACACAGAUGUGUGACUUUUUCCUGCCCCAUGUCUAGCUGUCUUUAUAGAAGAGACAGUCAGGGAUCAUAAAAAAGAUAGAUAUUAUAAAUUAAGUGAUAGCAGCAAAGUCAAAACAAAAACACAAGACUGAGUGAAAGAAUGUCAGUGGGCCCAUUGACGCUUGAGAGAAGAGAAGAGCAAUACCAGCAACUGUCUGGAGAUCAGGCCCUUAGCCUUUUUUGGCUUAGGUCACCUUGAAUAGUCACAACUACAGUUCUGCCCUUUGAUUAUUUCUUAUUAAAGCUGGAGUUCUUGUACACCGUAAAGACUCCAUGUGACAUGCUUAAUUUUGAGUGCAAAUGUCAUAAAGAAUUUGUGAAGGCGGUAAUAGGUGUGCCUCUAGGUUUGAGUGUUCCUACUCUGCUGAAAUGUGUCAGCAUAUUUUCAGAGGCUCUGGACAGAGCAUUACUUUCCAUGGUUCACUGAUGUGACAACUGCACAAAAAUAAAUGUUCUGUCAAACAACACAGUGAUACACCUGCAUGUAUAGAUGUGCUGUGAUUUGCAAGUUAUGGAAGAAGAUUGACCACUCACAUGACAGGUAAUUGGUGCAUACCUGUGGCAUACUGAAAGUUAGUGGGAAAAUAAAUUAAACCAACAGCAUUUUGUUUUUAAAAGUGUAUGAUGAAAACUAAAUAAGUGAAUACCAAUAGCCAUAAGCUGGAAAAGUUGUGCUUGCUUUACAAGAUGUACAGUACCUUUUUUUUCUCUCUCUCAAACAAGUAUCAUAAAGGGAUUAAUUAUUUUUUUCAGUUGCCUUUCUGAUUGGAGACACGCUUGAGCAGACUUGAAUUUGACCUGUGUGCCUUAAUAGGCGUCACUUGGAUUUUCUUCUUCUUGCUGAUCUCUUUCAUGAACCACACCUCAUUAAUCAGUUGCCACUAAACACAAGUGUAAAGGCAAGACAAGCAAGAGGUUUGCUUACUGGGUGUAUUGGAAGCUGUGGCAUCCAUAACUACAAACGUUUUGUUUGUUUAUUUGUCUUUUCUUUCGUUUUUUCAUUUUUCCUGUAGCAAUGGUGAUCUCAUUUACAUCAGUUCAGCCUUAUUUGGAAAUGGGACACUUGCUAGCAUUCAUAGUAAAGUGAAGUAUACAGUAACUUUGUGAAACAUUGUAUUGUUGGGAUGCUCCUUCUUGUGGACAUCUCACAAAAUUUAAACUCCUACUCUAAGCUCAGAUGCCAGUAAUUCUGUUUAAAUUUAGGUGUUUAAUAUAAUUAUUCUUUUAUAUUAUGUCUGGUUAGAGGACUGUGAAAUGGGACAAAUUAUUAAGAGUCUCCCAGUAGGUCGGAGAGACCGGGAUUGGACUGACAACACACAAUGCUCUUUCAGACCCUGCUUUUACUGUGGAACAGAUUUAAAUGGAUGUGCAUUUAGCUUCUGAAAGAAAAAAAGGAAAUGUGGCUCUCCUUGAAAAGCUUUUCAUUAAAUUCAGAGUGAGUGCAGCUUUUUCUUACUUCUUUUGCCAACAUGCAGUCUUUAUAGCACCUUAUCUGUUGGUUACUUGGUCAAAAACUCCAAACAAGAUUACUUCCUCAAACAUUGAAAUGAUUUCAGGCACUAAAGGUCGGAGAUUCAAAAACUCCAAAUGAGCAGAAUUUGAAUCUUCACAGUUUAAGGGUUUGUCAUAUUUGAUUGUGCCUUUAUUUUUUGCAACAGCUGUGGGCCUUGAUAGGUUUCUUUUUACUCUAUUUUUUCUUUCAUGCUGGGCCUUCGAUUUUCCCUAACACUUUUUUUUUAUGUUUUUUCAAUUGCUUGUCCCUACACCAGGGAUUAGUUAAAUAAAAAAAUAAGUUGAUUCCUUUUUUUAAUCAAAACAGUGACAUAAUGUUCAAUAAGAGAAAACUACUUAAAAUCAACACUGUUGACUUUGUUAUUUUGCAUUAAUGCCAAAGGUAAACUGUAGUGCGUGCCAUCCAGAAGUGUUUUCCACCUCCGAUCCAAUGGUGCCAGGAUAGACACUCAGUUGGAUUAAGCAGGUCUGAGAAUGAGAAUGUGAUGUGAUGUCAAAGGUAAGUUUCUGACUUUUGUAUUCAUUUUCAGUUGACUUUUGCUGGACUUUCUCUAGAGGUCACCACUGUGGACAUUGUGCCUUAAGUGUAUCUGUAUUAGCAGGUGUUUCAGAAAGGAAUAUAAUUUUUAUUAAAUCUGUUUAGUUAUGUUGGUUUGUGAUAAACUGAAUUAUACUGACUUGGCUAGCAAUUGGCAGAAAGUAGUAAUUUAAACGUGAGAAUUAAGGUUUUAUCUACCAACUGCUGUGAAAGGCUAUUUUGGCUCACUCUAUAAUGCUUGGCAGUGAUUUUGGUCCCUUUUGAGAUAUGACGUGUUUAUUUCUUUGUAUAUUGUGAUUUCUGGACAUUCAGCAGACUCAAUGUGCUAGCAGUUUUUUGUUGAAUAUAAACUGUGACAAGUGAAAUAAAUGCAAGAAAAAAUCUUGUAA